AGGGUUUUGGUUUCUCUCCAGGGUUUUAAUCUUUCUCCAUUUCUCUCAGAGAAAUAUGUCUUCUCUAAUGGCGAUUCGUUGCGCACGAACCCAGAAAAUCGUCACAAUUGGCUCUCUCCUACAUAUACGUUCUUCAUUUCCCCGACUCUCCUCUCAAUUCCGCUCCUCCGUGACUCUAAACUCAAUUCCGAUCAAAAACCUAAGCACAUCCGCCGCCACUAACGAUUACUACCAGAAUCCUCAAUCUGGUUCACCGUCUCAACAACAACGCCCAUAUCCACCUCAAAGCUUCGAUUCUCAGAGCUAUCAGAAUCAAAGAGUUCCACAAAACCCUAACCAAUGGACUCCUCAACACGGUGGUCAAAAUCCUCAACACGGUGGUCACAGGCCUCAAUACGGUGGUCAAAGGCCUCAAUACGGUGGUCAGAGGCCUCAAUACGGUGGAGCUGGUAACAAUUAUCAGAAUCAGAAUGUUCAACAAAGUCAUCAGAGUCAGUAUUACACUCCGCAGCAGCAGCAGCAACCGCCACGAAGCUCGAAUCAAAUCCCUAAUCAGAUGAAUGAGGUAGCUCCUCCUAGUGUUGAGGAGGUGAUGAGGUUAUGUCAGCGUAGGUUAUAUAAAGAUGCUAUUGAAUUGCUUGAUAAGGGAGCUAUGCCUGAUAGAGAAUGUUUCGUUUUGUUGUUUGAGUCGUGUGCGAAUUUGAAGUCGCUUGAGCAUUCGAAGAAGGUACAUGAUCAUUUCCUGCAGUCUAAGUUUAGAGGUGAUCCGAAACUGAACAAUAUGGUGAUUAGUAUGUUUGGGGAAUGUAGGAGUGUUACUGAUGCUAAGAGAGUUUUUGAUCAUAUGGUUGAUAAAGAUAUGGAUUCUUGGCAUUUGAUGAUGCGUGCGUAUAGUGAUAACGGAAUGGGAGAUGAUGCGUUGCAUCUGUUUGAGGAGAUGACGAAACAAGGGUUGAAGCCGAAUGAGGAGACUUUCCUUACUGUUUUUUUGGCUUGUGCUACUGUUGGUGGUAUAAAAGAAGCAUUUUUGCAUUUUGAUUCGAUGAGAAACGAGCAUGGGAUUAGUCCGAGGACAGAACAUUAUUUGGGUGUUUUAGGUGUUCUUGGGAAAUGCGGACAUCUUAUUGAGGCUGAGCAAUACAUCCGUGAUCUUCCGUUUGAGCCCACAGCUGAUUUCUGGGAAGCUAUGAGGAACUAUGCUCGGUUACAUGGAGAUAUCGAUUUAGAGGAUUACAUGGAGGAAUUGAUGGUUGAUGUUGACCCUUCAAAGGCUGUAAUCAACAAAAUUCCUACUCCUCCACCUAAAUCAUUCAAGGAAACAAAUAUGGUUACUAGUAAGAGUAGGAUUCUCGAGUUUCGAAAUCUGACUUUCUACAAGGAUGAAGCAAAGGAGAUGGCUGCAAAGAAAGGAGUGGUUUAUGUUCCGGACACACGAUUUGUUCUGCAUGAUAUCGAUCAAGAGGCCAAAGAACAGGCACUACUCUAUCACAGUGAGAGGUUAGCGAUUGCUUAUGGUAUCAUAUGCACCCCACCUCGGAAGACCCUCACAAUCAUUAAGAAUCUCCGUGUGUGUGGGGACUGUCACAACUUCAUCAAGAUCAUGUCCAAAAUCAUUGGUCGGGAGUUGAUCGUGAGAGACAACAAACGUUUCCAUCACUUCAAAGACGGUAAAUGUUCUUGUGGUGAUUACUGGUAGAGCGGCGUUUUUCUGUGCCUUUGUUUCGCAUCAUGUAUAGCGCUCUAAGCUCUUGCCAGAACUUUGCUAGCAGUUGGGAAAUGGAAUAGUAUUUGCUACGCUGUAACAAGUUUCAUCUGCUCUAGACCCUUUUACAUGAGUUUAAGUUUAUGUACUAACUUUUUAAUAAGUUAUUGCUUUAUAU